CUACUCAGCCUGAUGCCUGUACUCAGCCUGAAUGCCUGUACGCAGCCUGAUGCCUCUACUCUUCGGCCUGAUGCCUGCCAGUUGACUCGAUGCCCGCUGUUGAUCCAGACGAUCCGUACCUGAUCCGGUGCCCACUGUCGUGCCAGGGCCCGAGACCUGUCGCUUCACCUGGGGGUCCGGCGCCCGCCGCUCCGCCUGAGGGCCCGAGAGACCUGUCCGCUCCAUCUGGGGGGUCCGGCGCCCCGCCGCUCCGCCUGAGGGCCCGAGACCUGUCGCUCCGCCUGGGGGGUCCGGCGCCCGCCACCCCGGGGCCCGAUGCCUGUUGCCCC